CGCCUGGCCACGCGAAGGCCGGGUGUUCUGCGGGGACACAGAGUGCUGUGGUCCGGGGCAGGACGUUGCGGGCAGAGGCUGCGAUCAUGCGACCCGCGGAACGGGGGCUGCGCUGGGCCACCGCCCUGCUCCUCAUCGCAGCAGGAGCUGCAGUGGAAGAUAAGUGUGGGAGAAAUGAGUUCCAGUGCCAGGACGGGAAAUGCAUCUCCUACAAGUGGGUUUGCGAUGGCAGCUCUGAGUGCCAGGAUGGCUCUGAUGAGUCUCAGCAGACAUGCAUGUCUGUCACGUGCAAAUCGGGGGACUUCAGCUGUGGGGGCCGUGUCAACCGCUGCAUUCCUCAGUUCUGGAGAUGUGAUGGUCAAGUGGACUGUGAGAACGGCUCGGAUGAGCAAAGCUGUCCCCCUAAGACGUGCUCCCAGGACGAGUUCCAGUGCCAUGAUGGCAAGUGCAUCUCACGGCAGUUUGUCUGCGACCUGGACCGGGACUGCCUGGAUGGCUCCGAUGAGGUCUCCUGCCCAGUAACCACCUGCGGCCCUGUCAGCUUCCAGUGUAACAGCUCCGUCUGCAUCCCUGAGCUGUGGGCCUGCGAUGGUGAACACGACUGCGAGGACGGCUCCGAUGAGUGGCCACAGAACUGCGGAGGCCGUGACACGUCUGCCACCCAAGGAGACAAUGGCCCCUGCUCUGCCCAUGAGUUCCACUGUGGCAGCGGCGAAUGCAUCCAUGCCAGUUGGCACUGCGACGGUGGCCCCGACUGCAAGGACAAGUCUGACGAGGAGGACUGUGUUGUGGCCACCUGCCGCCCUGAUGAAUUCCAGUGCUUAGAUGGGACGUGCAUCCACGGCAGCCGGCAGUGUGACCGGGAGUACGACUGCAACGACAUGAGUGAUGAGCUUGCCUGCAACAACGGGACCAACGAGUGCUUGGACAACAACGGAGGGUGUUCCCACAUCUGCAACGACCUCAAGAUCGGCCAUGAGUGCCUGUGCCCUGGUGGCUUCCGCCUGGUGGAUCAGCGACAAUGCAAAGAUAUCGACGAGUGUCAGGACCCGGACACCUGCAGCCAGCUGUGCGUGAACCUGGAGGGCGGCUUCAAGUGCGAGUGUGAGGAGGGCUUCCAGCUGGACUCCAGCACCAAGGCCUGCAAAGCUGCAGGCUCCAUCGCCUAUCUCUUCUUCACCAACCGCCAUGAGGUGCGCAGGAUGACCCUCGACCGCAGCGAAUACACCAGCCUCAUCCCAAACCUGAAGAAUGUGGUCGCCCUGGACACGGAGGUGGCCAGCAACAGAAUCUACUGGUCUGAUCUGUCCCAGAGGAAGAUCUACAGCACCCAGAUCGACAGAGCCCACAGUCUCUCCUCCUACGACACCAUCAUCAGCAGGGACCUCCAGGCCCCCGAUGGGUUGGCUGUGGACUGGAUCCAUGGCCACAUAUACUGGACCGACUCCAUCCUGGGCACCGUCUCUGUGGCUGAUACCAAGGGCCUGAAGAGGAAAACACUCUUCAAGGAAAAAGGCUCCAAGCCCAGGGCCAUUGUGGUGGACCCUGUCCACGGAUUCAUGUACUGGACUGACUGGGGAACCCCUGCCAAGAUCGAGAAAGGGGGCCUGAACGGAGUGGAUGUGUACUCACUGGUGACCGAAGACAUCCAGUGGCCCAAUGGCAUCACCCUGGAUCUUUCCAAUGGCCGCCUCUACUGGGUCGACUCCAAACUGCACUCCAUCUCCAGCAUUGAUGUCAACGGAGGUAAUCGGAAGACCAUCUUGGAGGAUGAGAAAAAGCUGGCACACCCCUUCUCCGUGGCUGUCUUUGAGGACAAAGUAUUUUGGACAGAUGUCAUCAACGAAGCCAUUUUCAGUGCCAACCGUCUCACUGGCUCAGAUGUUAAUUUGGUGGCUGAAAACCUGUUAUCCCCAGAGGACAUUGUCCUGUUCCACAACCUCACACAGCCAAGAGGGGUGAACUGGUGUGAGAAAACAGCUCUCCACAAUGGUGGCUGCCAGUAUCUGUGUCUUCCGGCCCCGCAGAUCAACCCCCACUCGCCCAAGUUCACCUGUGCCUGCCCCGACGGCUUGCUACUGGCCCAGGACAUGAGGAGCUGCCUCACAGAGCCUGAGCCUGUAGUGACCACCCAGGGUACCUACACAGUCAGGCCGAAGGGCAGCUCUGCACCCAGGGGCCCAAAGCACACAGCCAGCCCACCUGCUCCCAGCAUGUCCCAGCAGCCUGUGGCCAUCCCUGAGCUCAACACAGUGGAGACGGUGACAAUGUCCCACCAAGUCCUGGGUGACAUGGCUGGCAGAGAGAACGCAGAGAAGCCCAGGAGUGUGGGGGCUGUGUCCAUCAUCCUCCCCAUUGUGCUGCUCGUCCUCCUCUGUUUCGGGGCCUUCCUCCUCUGGAAAAACUGGCGGCUCAAGAGCAUCAACAGUAUCAACUUUGACAACCCUGUGUACCAGAAGACCACAGAGGACGAGGUCCACAUUUGCCCGAACCAGGACGGCUACACCUACCCUUCGAGACAGAUGGUCCGCCUCGAGGAUGACGUGGCAUGAACAGCUGCCUCGCGUCCUGUCCCUCCCAGGAACCUGCUGCCACUCACAGGCAGGAAGAACCCUUUCUCUGCGGACCUUUGACCGUCUGUC